CUUUUGCAGCAGCACAGGAAGGACGUGGACUAAAUCGUGCUUGCAGGAACUGUAAAAGUUUGGACCCAGAAAUGGCAGCACAGGAGGAAUUCUUUGCAGGUAUUCCCAGUAAGAUCCAGUAUACACCAGGUGCUGGACCCAGAGAUGUCAUGUGCUUUAAGCACUACAAUGCAGAAGAGGUGCUGAUGGGGAGGACGAUGGAGGACUGGCUGAGGUUCUCCGUCUGCUACUGGCACUCCUUCUGUGGCACUGGUGCUGAUCCUUUUGGUUUUCCAACCCUCCAGCGGCCCUGGAAUGAAGGGACUCCUAUGGAAUCGGCUAAGAAGCGACUCCAUGCUGCAUUUGAAUUUUUCACUAAGCUUGGGGUGAAGUAUUACACGUUUCAUGACAGAGACAUGGCCCCUGAAGGCUCCACUUUGGAGGAGUCCAACAGGAAUCUUGAUGAAAUAACAGACAUGGCGCUCCAGCUGCAGAGCCAGACUGGAGUCAAGGUGCUGUGGGUCACCUGCAACCUGUUUGCCCAUCCAAGGUAUAUGAACGGUGCAGCCACCAAUCCAGACUGCCAUGUUCUGGCCUAUGCUGGUGCUCAGGUGAAGAAGGGUCUGGAUAUUGCCAAGAAGCUGGGUGCAGAAAACUUUGUGUUUUGGGGAGGAAGAGAAGGUUUCCUCUCCAUCCACAACACGGAUGUUGCUGCUGAAUUGAAGCACAUGGCCAACUUCUUCCAAAUGGCUGUCAAGUACAAAGAGAAGAUUGGAUUGAAGUGUCAGUUUCUUAUUGAGCCCAAGCCUAAGGAGCCCUGCAAACACCAGUAUGACUACGAUGCUAUGAGUGUUAUAGGGUUCCUAAAGCAUUAUGGCCUGGAGAGUCACUUUAAGUUGAACAUCGAGCCCAACCACACCACCCUGGCAGGACACUCUUAUGAACAUGAUGUUGUCAUGGCUUCUGCUUUCGGCAUGCUGGGUUCUGUUGACUCAAACACCGGCUCGCCUGACCUGGGAUGGGACACAGAUCAGUUCCCCAUGGACAUCAGGAACACCACCUUGGUCAUGAAGACCAUCAUCGAACAAGGUGGCCUGCAGCCAGGAGGCCUGAACUUUGAUGCAAAGGUGCGCAGAGAGUCCACUGAUCUUGAGGACCUUUUCAUCGCUCACAUUGGAGCCAUGGAUGCCUUUGCAAGAGGACUCAGAAAUGCUGUCCGCAUCCUUGAGGACGGGCUUAUUGGUGGUAUGCUGAAGGAGAGAUACUCAAGCUUCAGUCAUGGCCUUGGACAGAAGGUGGAGGAAGGCUCUGCCACCUUAGAGGAGAUGGAAGCUUUCGUCAACCAGAAUGGUGAACCGAAAGUAACCUCAGGGAAGCAAGAAAAAUAUGAAUCCAUCUUUAAUCACUACAUAUAAUAAAAUAAUUGUAUCUUUCUGUAUUAGUGUUUGGACCUGCUGUAGUACUAGUACUCGGAAUUAAUACAUGUAAUUGACCAUGUAAACGUGCUGCACAUGUAAACUGACUAAUCAAUAGGAAAUGUGUGUUAGUAUGUUUUGUAUGGCCACUGUUAUACAGGACCAUCUGCUAUACUCAUAGUAACUAGAGACUAAUGUUUACCAUGUAAUAAAAUGGAAGAUCAGAAUGAAGUUGAUCAUGUGUACUUGUAAAGUUCAGUCUAGAUGUUAGCAUUUGAAUAAUUAAAUCUGACAAAUAUUCAGAAAAAUGUCUCUUAAAAAUAAUAAUGAUUAAAGACAGUACAAAAUGCGCGAUUGUUUA